AUGUCCGCAAGAUAUGGAACACUCUCUUCCCAUGACAUUGGCUUUGAUGGCCUGAAUGGGGCACAUGGGCUGAAGAUAUGGAACACUUGCAGGGUUGAAAGUGGGAUUUUCAUGGUUCUUAAGAUAGCUGUGGCACCAGAGGACCAGGAGAAGACCGCAUUUACAUGUCCAUAUGGAAUUUUCGCAUAUCGGAGGAUGCCUUUUGGUCUAUGCAAUGCUCCUGCCACUUUCCAAAGGUGCAUGCUUUCCAUUUUCUCUGAUAUGGUAGAGGAAUGUAUAGAAAUAUUUAUGGAUGAUUUUUCUGUAUUUGGGUCUGAUUUUAAUGUAUGUCUGAAAAACUUAGAUUCUGUCUUAAAAAGAUGCCGGGACUGUAAUUUGGUUUUGAACUGGGAGAAAUGUCACUUCAUGGUGACAGAAGGUAUCGUUCUUGGACACAAGGUUUUUCUUGGUCAUGCAGGAUUUUAUAGGCGGUUCAUAAAAGAUUUUUCAAAAAUUGCCAAGCCCUUAUGCAAGUUAUUGGUCAAGGACCAAGAGUUCCUGUUUGAUGAUGAAUGUCUGCAUGCAUUUCAUGUUUUGAAAGAAAAGUUGACCACUGCACCUAUCAUGAUGGCACCUGAUUUCUCAUUACCAUUUGAAUUAAUGUGUGAUGCCAGUGACUAUGCUGUAGGAGUGGUACUAGGCCAAAGAGUGAAUAAAUUGUUGCAUGUCAUUUACUAUGCCAGUAAGAUCUUAAAUGAUGCACAAAAGAAUUAUGCUACUACAGAAAAAGAAUUACUGGCAAUUGUGUAUGCAUUUGACAAAUUCAGGCCAUAUCUGUUAGGAUCAAAAGUUAUUGUUUACACUGACCAUGCAGCUUUAAAGUAUUUGUUAAGCAAGCAGGAUGCUAAACCCAGGUUGCUCCGCUGGAUGUUACUGUUGCAAGAGUUUGAGGUAGAGAUCAAGGACAAAAAGGGAGUUGAAAACUUGGUGGCUGAUCACUUAUCCAGGAUUACAGAAAAAGAGCUUCAAGAAGGACCAGAAGUAGUGAUCAGAGAAGAGUUUCCUGAUGAACAUGUUUUGGCAAUAUGUGCUGUCACAGAGAUGGUUAGGGAUAAAGUCUUAUCUAUCAGUACCCCACCAUGGUUUGCUGAUUUCGCCAACUAUAAAGCUGUUGGAUUGAUGCCUAAGGAUUUCACAUGGCAACAGAGGAAGAAAUUUCUGCAUGAUAUCUUUGAUGUUUGGGGUAUGGAUUUUAUGGGACCUUUCCCUUCUUCCUACUCUAACAAGUACAUAUUGGUGGCAGUUGACUAUGUUUCCAAAUGGGUUGAGGCCAUAGCUACAACAACCAAUGAUUCCAGAGUUGUGAUUGCUUUUCUGAGGAAGCAUAUAUUUUCAAGAUUUGGAGUCCCUAGAGCUAUCAUUAGUGAUGGGGGCACUCAUUUUGAUAAUAGGAUGGUGGAGUAUGCCUUGGCUAAGUAUGGGGUGAGGCACAAAAUAAGCACUCCAUACCACCCACAGACUUGUGGUCAGGUUGAGAUUUCCAACAGGGAAUUGAAGAGAAUAUUGGAGAAGACUGUUGGGAAUGCUAGGACCCAGUGGUCCAAGAAACUUGAUGACACUUUAUGGGCGUAUAGGACCGCUUUCAAAACUCCUAUUGGGAUGUCUCCAUUUCAGUUGCUGUUUGGAAAAGCAUGCCAUUUGCCAGUUGGAUUGGAGCACAAGGCUUUGUGGGCUGUGAGGUAUCUGAAUUUUGAUUCCAAAGCAGCGGGACAGAAAAGAUUAUUACAGCUGGAUGAAUUGGAUGAGUUUCGUUUGUCUGCUUAUGAAAGUGCCAGUUUGUAUAAGGAAAAGACAAAGCUAUGGCAUGAUAGGAAGAUCACACCUAGAGACUUCAAGGUGGGGGAUCAAGUACUUCUGUUCAAUUCCAGGUUGAAGCUGUUUCCAGGGAAGUUAAAGUCUAGAUGGUCUGGACCGUUUGUGGUAAAAGACAUGAAACCAUAUGGGGCUGUAGAGCCUAAUUCAAGUAUUGUCCAACCGAAUAUUGCUGACAAUAAUUGGGAGUUGAAGUCUUCCAUAAUUCAGUUGGUGGAGAGAGUUCAAUUUCGAGGAGAUGAGCAUGAGGAUCCUCACAGGUUCAUAGACCGGUUCUUAAUGAUAUGUGACUCAACCAAGCACCCUCGGGUGUCUGAUGAUGCUAUCCGGUUGAGAUUAUUCCUUUUUGCUGUAAAGGGAGAAGCACUUAGCUGGCUGGAAAGGCAGCCUGCACGAAGCAUUGCUACAUGGGAGGAUUUGUCUACAAAGUUCUUUGCAGAGCUUGACAAGAUGCAGAUCGCGGGAGUUCAAGCUCAAUCUGUUACCUUUGUCUGUGACUAUUGUACGGACAGUCAUGCUCCUAAUGAAUGUCCAUCUCUUGCUUCUUCUGAUUCACCUCAACAAAUGCAGGUGAAUGGUAUAUGGUAUGACCAACGCCCUCAACAGCCAAAUCUUCAGAGAAAUCAGAAUUUUUCUGGUGGUGGUGGUAACAAUUUUCAGCGGAGAGCUCAGGGAGUUGGCAUGGAUUUCAAUUCUAAUAAUUAUACUCAGCCUUCACAGAGUCAACAACGAGAACCUGGAAAGAGGCUGGUACGAGUUGAAGAGGAACCUGCGCAACCACGUGCAGUUGAUAAUGACUCCAAACUAACGGAGAUAUUUAGGAACUUACUAGCCGAAGCAAAGCUCUUGGAGGCAGACUAUCUUAUAUCUGCUCUAGCUGGGCCCAUGUGGCUUGAAGAGGCACCUUCCUAA